AUGUCUGUCGGAUUACGUAAUGUCUGUUUGUACAACUGUCGUCCUUUCUGCCGCAGUAGGGAUGGAGAUAAUGAAGCGGAGAAUUAUAAAACAACAAAUAAGGGAGGGACUGGCAGGGCAGAGCAAAUUUCGCCAGUCCCAAUGCAUUCAAAGCAAUUUUCUCCCCCAAAUACGCCUUCUGCACCAUAUAUUCAUUGGUUAACGCAUUAG